GCUACAUCGCCAAGGGUGAAUCAUCUCUUGAAAAAUCAAUAUUCAAGUUGACUAUUUAUGUGUACGUUCUCCCCUACGUAAAAAUGUUUCUAACUAAAGAUACAAUAAACAUGUUGCCCGAACCGGAAGAUUUCGGUACGCUUUUCCAUGAAAUGUACCGAAUUUUGCCCGACAGUCAACGUAGAAAGCAGGAGUGGAAAAAGUCCAAACGCAAGUGUGUCAAAAUAAAGUAUCGGCAGAAGAAUAAGUUAGACCUAAUGACCGACUAUGAGUCCCAAAUACCACCCGAACUCGAACUACCUGGCAACGCUUCUGCGUUCGCGAUGUUUGCAUCCGUUCGACUCGCCGUAUUGGAGCGUUGGAUGCGACAGGCCAGUCAGGAGUAUUUGCAGAGCAGCUGCAGUAACCCGGUGCAAGAUCAGAGCGAAAUUGACACAGAUACCGAAGAUAACUCUCAGAGUAGUUCGACUUACAUCCCCGUACGUGUCUCGAAGAUUGUCGGGCUCGGCUUACGUUCCGUGUUCGAAUUAAUCAAGGAGAGUAGGACUAGUCAUCCGGGACUGUGCACGAAAGCUUUGUCGGCGCUUUUGGACGUCUUGCAAGGGCAGAUGCCGGAAGGUUUAAAAGCCGAGCCGUCGGAUGUGAUCGAUUCGUUGUUCGAGCUACUGCUCGAUUUGGCAACUUUACACGGGCCGGAGAGUUCGGUUGCUAACGACGGGACACACUUAACUGCAAUUGCUUGUGCUUGCUUGUUGUCUUUGGUCGUGGUUAGGGGCGAUACGGGGAAAUACCUGUCUGCUACGGCUGCUUUACUUAUGUGCCCGAGAGCUCUUGCAAUGCAGAAUAUUCAGAUGCCUGGAGUCCUAACAGCACUUCAACGAAGUAUCCAUGGAAUAUUACUGGGAAAAACAAUUCGACCAGAUUGGAUCACGCACGGUGUGCCCCACACCUCCAAAAUCGACUCGUUUCAAGUACGAAUGCCGUCCGACGUUCAAAACGUCCCACUCACGCUUAAAUCGCUAGCUACAGACGGACAAUAUCUAUACCUGUUUUCCUCAAGGGGACUUUUCAAAAUUGGAUCUGGAUAUGGUGGCACGUUAAAAGGCCACGUGUACAUUUGGAAACCCGAUUUUUAUCCAAAUGAUAAGGGCAGUCUAGUCUAUUGCGACAAUAACCUCUACUUAAAACUAAUCGGACGAAGAGGUGGGGAGUUUUUGAUAAUAGAACGACAGGGUCUUCUCAUUUCGGGCUCUUUGCCGGUUUCUAGCCGAGACGCUGCAACUUCAGUUGUGUUUUCAGACGGCGAGCUUUUAGGCACUAUAUCUCCGACUAAAGAUGAUGGAUUUGUGGUGCGAAUGUUGAAUCACAAGACUGUGCCGGCAUCUUUAAUAACCGAGUUACCCUUGAAAUUGGCGCGCAAAUGCGUUGACGCUUUGGGUAUCGCGUCGUAUGAGAGCGAUAUUGUUUCUCACACAGUAAACGUCGGUAACGAGGAGGAGGUUGCUACGGUGUGUGGGGGAAAAGAGUUUGGUCUUUUAAGAACAACUUCUGGAAAGGUUUUUUAUUGCGGGAAAGCAGCGUCGCUUGGUGUUAAACAAGUGGGUGUACGCACCGGUAAGUGGACCGAGCUGGUUUUAACGAAGACGCCCAAAAUUACUCACGUUGCUAUGGGACAUGACGGAUUACACUCGAUUCUCCUGACGGAAGAUGGAUCAGUGUUCUUUGCAGGAACUGCACGACGUGGUGAAGAUGGUGAUCAGAAUAAAAUGAGACGUCAGCCUAAACCGACGAAACCGAAAAAAAUGAUUAAAGUAGAUGGGCAGUUCAUUGUUAAUGCAGCUUGUAAUAACGGCUCUACCGCUUUAGUUACUCGUGAUGGAGAAUUGUUAAUGUUUGGUAAAGAUACCACCCACGCUGAUCACACAACAGGUUUGGUUUGCAAUUUGAAAGGGGAGUUUAUCGUACAGGUAGCUUUGGGUAAGGCACAUGCUGUGGCAUUGACCACGAAAGGUCAGGUCUUUACUUUUGGAAUAAACAACAAGUAUCAGUGUGGACGGGAUUUUAUGCCUUUUAACAAAGAAGAAUCAGCUCCAACGGUUGUUGCAAUGGAAACGGGUGGCGCAAGUCACGACGAGCAAGAUAUGUUUGAUGAUUUAGAAGAAAUUGCAAAUCGAGAGGAAAUUGAAAACGUUCCUGGGAGUUCGGAUGGAAACGUCGAGUCUAUUGGUAGAGAUCAUAUGUGCCCCCCUGGCAGUCAUCAGUGGCAUCACGAUAUGUGUAUGGUUUGCACUGUAUGUCAGGAAUGUACGGGAUACUCGAUCAGCUGUUUAUCGUCCAUGAGACCCGAUCGCAAACCCGGACAAGAAUGCGGGUGUGGAGAGGGGGACAGUGGAUGCGCGAUGUGCGGUUGUUGUCGACUAUGCGCUCGCGACACCGUCGACAAUCGUCAGUUGGCGAUUCUCGGUCCUGAUGGUGCAGCUGAUCUUUCGGGAAUGAUGCGACUUGAUCUAAUCUUUCGUGAUAAGGUCAAAGAGUUUGUUCCACCGAGACAACGAACCAAGUUACAAGAGCAGAGUCGCCUCGAAGAACGUAAAAGUAGAGCGAGAAAAUCGAUCUCGGUGGCGGGAUCGAGCAAGCAAGUUACGGCAAAAUUGAAAAGCGUGCGAUCGUCACCUGCAAUAGUGCCUAGCACACCAGUGCAUCGCGCAAGUAAUUCACCAAAGCAUGGUAACCCAUUAGGAAAAGAAACUAUGGGUUCAGACGUAGAACGAGAUACCACUCGAAUUGCCUGCCUUCCUCCCGCCAAAAUACAGUUGCCUUGUGAUAGCCCGAUUACUCAAAUCGCGUGCGGUUUGCAUCACACGGUACUUCUACUGCAGAACGGACAGGUUUAUAGUUUCGGAUCCAACCAAUAUGGGCAGCUCGGUUGCGGCGAUAUCGCACCGAAAUCCUCCAUUCAAUUAGUAAAAUUACCUUGUAGCAUUGUACAUAUAGCAGCUGGCAGCAACCACACGGUAGUACUAACCGGCAAAGGCGAAGUGUACACCUUCGGCAAUUACCAGAAAGGACAACUGGGACGUAUUGCCACCGCGUCUUCGCCUCCAGACGCGCAAGUGGGUCAAAGUAACUCAUCCAAAUAUCGAGACCCUCGAUGGUUCGCAACCCCUGGCUUGAUACCGAAUAUUGGGCCGAAACAUGGGCGCCGAGCGACGUGGGUGGGCGCAUCGGGCGACCAGACAUUUUUAAAAAUCGACGAGAGCUUGAUUAAUUCCGUUAGUUUGGCGAAAUCUACGGUUACCGCAAAUAGGAACUACAUCAUUUUGCUGCCCAAUCAACUUGACAACGCGAACAGCUUUCGAAGCUUAAUCAUAAAUAAGCGCGAGGGAAAUUGUAAUUCGUUCAAAAGUAAAAACCAAGUGGAUUUCUAUAACAAAACUAUUUGCAUGGAUUCCGUUUACAAUAUUCUGUGGACUUACAAUGCGACAAACCACGACGUUACGUGCUACAAUAUCAUUGCAUCCGAUUUGAGAACGAAGAGUAUCAUAGAAACGAGCGAUAAGAAGUUAUUGUCCGAUAUUAAGAUGUUUUCGGUCGCGAAUACGACCAAAGACGAGAUCGAUCUUCCCGGAUUUAAUUUGUCCGCUGUUUUAAGCGCAGAAUUGGCGCUGCCAGUUGUUUCCAAUUGCCAUGUGACGAGACUACAAGCUGCCAUUAACUUGUUGUGCUGUCUGGACACGCUGACAAUAGCGCAUAAUUUGCAAAUGACCGCAAUCAAAGACGAUGUCGACGAUCGGCGAUUGGUCGCCGGUAAACAAUUUACCAGAGAAGAUUUCCAAUGUGUUAAUCGAUUUGAGAGUCACGGAGGUGGGUGGGGCUAUUCCGGUCAUAGCAUUGAAGCGAUAAGGUUUAUGGCAGAUACGGAUGUGCUUUUAGGAGGCUUUGGUUUGUUCGGCGGCAGAGGGGAGUAUACGGGUAAAAUCAAACUGUUGGAUAUCGGCCCGGAUGGAGGCGAACAAGAGAAUGACGGAGAAUUAUUGGCGGAAACGGACGAAAUUCCUUAUGAGUGUGGUCCUCGACAGAAAUAUCCGAUGAUGUUUGAGGAUCCCGUUCCAUUACAGGCACAUCGGUGGUAUGUCGCUUGGAGCCGAAUAAGUGGACCAAGUAGCGACUGCGGUUCGUCCGGUCAAACUAUGGUCACGACAGAAGACCAAGUGCUGUUUUACUUUAAGUCAUCCAAAAAGUCGAAUAACGGAACCGACGUAAACGCCGGCCAGAUUCCGCAGCUCCUAUACAAGGUGAUUACCGCUGAAAUACAACCGCCUCGUCGCCAACUCGACCUUUCCGAGCCGAUCCACAUUUUGUCCAAGGAUUUUUCGCGAACCGUCACGAAGGAAUGCAUACAAAGUUUAUUGUCGUUACUGCAGUGGUCGUGGAAUACCUUCAAGUUGGGAAUAAUGGACGGACAGGCCGUGCAGCACAUGUAUACGACGUUAGAAUUGGAGCGCUUGGUGUAUAUAAGUUGCGCCAGCUUGCGGUUGAUACGAACUUAUACCAACGAAAUCUACCCGUCGCAAAUCUCGAAGAAAGCCCCCUUGGAAAACGUACACUUGGCGGAAAGCAUAGGGGACGUGAGAGCGUUGCUGAAACAAAUUUUGUCGGACAUUUUACCCGCGACCAUACAAGGGAAAAAGUCAAGCAAGUCGAAGGUUACAAAGAACGGCAGCUAUCACGUUAGAAUGAUGAAUAGCAUAUUGGAAGAGUGCCAUGGAACGUUCGUCGCCUGUUUCCACGCAUUUUACCCUACAUCAUACCUUAAGUGGACGUGUUUAUGCGAUUUACUCGCCGAUAUUGAAAAGGAAAAUGACACUUACUCUAGCUCAAACAGUCAACGGCUUCUAAGUGCCGUUCUUUGCGCAUUAUGCAGUCCCAGCGUGCGACUAAGAACCACGUUUCCUUUGUUACCCAACGGCGCCAGUACAGAAAACUCGAUAAACCGCGGACUUAGUCCCUCUGACAAUACAGGCUUGCCGGCCAUGAACGGGACAGACUCGCAUCAUUAUCCCGUGCUGGUCGAGCAGAUGACUUACCGGAGUCAGAUGGAAGCGAACGGUCUGAGUGUAAAUUGGACUUGGAAAGAGGUUUUGGAUCAUCUUUUAAAAUUAGUAACUGAGCCGGUUAACCAAGUCCUCUUGGGGCACCGAAUAACAUACUUCGCUAAGUUGGUAAGGCACUGUUGCCAUUUACUUGCAAGAGUUGUCGCAGAAUUGGUACAUCAAUGUAGUUCCACGGAGGAAGAUCUUCAAAGUGCGUGCGGUCGAAUUCUGCACGUGACACCGUCAAGAUUUACAAGAACCAACCAAUCCAGAACGUGGAACACCGGUAAUGGCUCGCCCGACGCAAUUUGCUUUCAGGUGGACAGAACCGGCGUAUCAGUUGCGGGCGUCGGUAUCUACGGAGGAAUCGGUCAUUACGAAUACGAAUUGGAACUUUUGGAAGACCAAAGCUCGAUGAACGGCGCGGAUAGUCACACGCACACUCAACGUUGGAAUAGCUUGGAGAUCACUCGUGGCUCGUUCGGCCCUGAGGAUUUUGUUCCGGACAUUGCCGAGAUCAAAUUCGAUAAAGCCGUGCAUAUAAAGGAAAAUGUUAAAUAUGCCAUUAGAUUAAGAAAUCACGGUGGUAGAACUAAUAACGGUGAUGGUGGUUUAAAUUCGGUAAAGGGAUCUGAUAACACUACAUUUACCUUUUCUACUUGUUCGUUGAGUUUCAAUGGAACAACACUAACAAGGGGACAAAUACCGGUCAUUUUAUACUAUAGCAACCCGGUCGAGUGUGCUAAAGUUACCAGUACAAAAUUGGAACAACACGCUCGAAAGGGCGCGUUGUCUAUGACGUCAUCAAUCAUUCGCAGUUGUUGCAACCUGCUAGCGAUGGCCAGAGAGAAAGCCGAAGAUGUUUCUGCAACGGAAAUUCUAAGCAGCGCGUGCGUCGUGACAACUUUACUACCAUUACUUAUGGCCCACAUAAGCCCUUUGGCUUCAAGCGAUCCUCGGAACGCAGUCUACAUUUUAAACCUAAUUCAAGACAUGCUUCCACAUGUAGCCGCACUAAAUUUACUGUCUGGCACUGCAGUUCCGCCGCCAUACUUGGGCAGCUCGGGAGGAUCAGGAAAUCAUUUCGAAUCCAAUGAUAUUAACAAUACCACUAGCCAACAUUAUACAUGGAUACAAAGUGAUCACCCGUACAAACCAUCCACUGUCUCAAAUUAUCGGGUUGCCUUCCCUGAGACCGUAAGGUGGAUGUCGUUAGAGUUUGAUCCCUCGUGCUCGACAGCGCAGCCGGAAGAUUCUCUGCAGCUGUACGUCCCUAGCCUAGGCGGAGCGGCAGGUGUUAAAAAAGCCUCCGAGUCUGACGAGUACGACGGCUCACCUUUGCCUUACUGGCCUGUUUUGCACAAAUUUACUGGGUGCACACAAUGGCCUCAGUCGGCGGUAAUCUUACCAGGGAACGAGGUAAUAUUUUCACUCGAGACCGCCUCGGACUAUCUCAAAGACGAACGGGCCAGCUUUUACGGAUUCAAAUGCCUCGUAGUCGGGUACGAGUGGCCCUUCCCCGGAAUCUGCGGUCCGUCGACCGGUCUGAAACAUUUGGAGGCGGAACUAUCGUUUUUGGGAGGAAUGUGCUCAGCGAGUCUGAUUAAAAAAGAUCUUUUAUUGCCAAACGGAGACAGCGAUGGAAGCGAUCUUGACGUUGAAAUUGCGGAAUUGGUGGCGGCUCAUGCGUUAAACUCCCACGGUUCGUUACUUGGAAAGGGAUUGGCGUUGAGUAGCCCUCCGUCGGUCAAUCAAGCUCUUGAUGGCACCCUGCCAUACAGCAUACACUCAAAUGAGCGCUUAUUUCUUCGAGACUUUGUGGGAUGCGUCGCUGGAUCAAGUGGAGGUCGAUUGGCCCAAUGGUUGCAGCCGGGCAGUCGCGUGGAUCCAGCUCGGUGCCAAGUGCUAUAUUCGCGGGAAGAUCUACGUUGUGGGUGGCCAGCUAUUGUUACUGUCCUGACCAGAGACCAAUACUCUGACCUUGUGCACGUGCCCACGAUGAAAGUUGAAGUAAAAGCUAUUCCCAUUGAUAAAAAGGAGCUUGGCGAUCACGAUUUUGGUAGGAAGAUUCGUAGGGUGAGUUUACCGGACCCAUUGACGUUUGGCGGGUUCCCACCACCGCCGUUGCACCACGCGUACGAGCAAACCGUUCGCGACAAGAUGUGCUUUCACUCUAUCACAGUUAUGAAGGCGUACCAAAAUUAUUCUUUUGAGGAGUUAAGGUACACCUCACCACCCGUUAAGCGUUCAAGCGAGAACAUGCUAGUAAGACCUAACGGCGAUGGUACCUACAGCGCGACCUGGACGCCUGCGUCUGUGGGAUGUUACUCAAUCGUCGUUAAUAUCGACGGAUAUGACAUGGAAGAGGUUUUUAAGGUGGAAGUGAAAGAACCACCACAGGGCAUGACUCCGCCCACACAAAAUUUAGCCAAGAAACCCACCCAUCAGCCUAGCAAACUAAGAAAGUUCGUCGCAAAAAAUUCGGCUGGUUUACGGGUUAGAACUCAUCCCUCUUUACAGAGUGAACAAAUCGGAGUAGUGCACGUUAAUGGAACUAUCGCCUUUAUCGACGAGAUACACAACGACGACGGUGUUUGGUUGCGUUUAUCGCCCGAAACUAUUAAACAGUAUUGCACGGUUUCGGUGAUUGAAGCUUGGUGCCUCCAGUACAAUCAGCAUUUAGGAAAAACACUCUUGCUUCCCGUGGAAGAGCCAAAGUCGAUUUUAGACCAAGUUAUCACUGAAACUAUCAUGAGGAAGCUUCCCGAAAUACACGACAGGCGCAAGGCUUCAGCUGGAUUUAGUGGCGCGUACCAAGUUAUCAAGUGUGGAGCUUCGGGGCACAAUGUACGAGCUAGACCCAGCUUGAAAGCCGCUCCGGUUGGUAUGUUAGUUCUUGGUAACCGAAUUGGUGUGACAGAGUACGUUGUAAACUGUGACGGGUGCUGGGUUCAGUUGGACCAGGCUACCAAGGAGAAGUACUGUUUUAAUAUCGAUGGCGAAGCAUGGUCUUUAGCAAUGGGGCAUAACAAUGUUCUUUACAUUGGAACACUUAGUGAUAUGGACAAAGGUGAGUAAGGCAAGUACUUCAAGUGUUGGUCAGCCUUCUUUGCAGAUGUCGUUCCGCAACUUUGCGCCGACCAAGAAUCACCUCGUGUAAACUCAAAUAAACGAGGGUUCGACUUUACUCACAAUUCGGUUCCUAGCACCGGUGAGUCUACUUUUUCGUUCGGGGUAGGACGUCAGCCGCUGAAAACCCCAAUACCUAGCGCAGACGCCCUGGCCACCAAUCCGUUUGUCUUUGGAGACAAGUCUCAAGAUUCUCCCAAAGUCCCCAGAAGAGAGAAAUCUAAAGAUUGUAGCAAACCGAGCAGUGUUCCAAAGUGGGUUAAAAUUGACGAAAGCAAAAGGGAAGUGCCAUCUGAAUUCUCGGGCGUGUCUGUUAAAGAUCUCGUUAAAGCAAUUGGAGAAUCGAGAGCCAAUGGCAAUGGUAUCACUCCUCCUGAAACCCCAAAGAGGAACACCAGUCCGAGAGGAGGGGGGCAUUUAUCCCCAAAGGUUCCCAGUCGAAGCUCAAGUCCAGUGGCCAUACCUCCACCUGCUCGUACCUUACUUCAUGACAGUGGUAGUAGUAGUCCGCAAGGUUAUGGUUCGCCUCGUAGCAUCGGUAUAUCUCCCUUGGCGCGCAGGGGAUCAAAUCAGUCCGACACCAGCGCAUUUAUUAGCAGUCUCACAAGAGACUUGUCACAAUCGCCUAGCCAAGCGACGCAGCCGCGCGAUCUCUCCCCAAGUCCUAGUGGAAGUUCUCUGCAAACCAGAUCAGAUAGCAGCCCGCAACAGACGCCAAAUAAACGGCAACAACCCGCUGAUUUGGAACAAAGCCCGCGCAAACUAACACAGACCGGUACCCAAACUUCUCCGGAAAGUGGCAGUAACGUAUCGCUUAAAGGUCAUUUUUCAAUUGGAGCAGCUGGCAAAGAAGACAAAAUUUCACCAAAAAUGUUACGCAAGGAUAGAGCCCCGACUAAAGUUCGACCGAAAAGAGCAAUUUCACCAGCUAAUAUUCAACAGACCCCGGCUAGUACAAGUAAAGUGAACUAUCCGGGAAAUGCGAUCGUUAAGCAAGCCAUGAGCCCUUCGGUGGCCGAGUCGCUUCGUGCCGUAUUUGCAGCGUUUUUGUGGCACGAAGGUAUAGUGCACGACGCAAUGGCAUGCGCUUCGUUUUUAAAAUUUCAUCCAAGCUUACCCAAACAAGGCGCGUUAGUUGUCACACGUGGACCUUCCGAACAGGCAAUCGACAAACGUUAUCAAGAACUGACAAAAGAAGAACGCGCUCGCCAGAGGCAUUCUGUCGAAGUGAGCACCGCCGGUACCUACCUUCAUAUACAACCGUCGACUUUAGAAACGCUAACCAGAUCGGCCAUCAAUGCCAGCGCCAAUCGCAGUCGUAAUAGAAAAUUUCACGACGGUACCAUUAAAGAGGACGCAACCGCAGAUGGAGGUUAUGGAUAUCAAACGGUUUCGGUUUUGCCACCGGCACUUAAAUCAUUAGUCUAUCUAUGGGAGGAACUCACAGCUAAUUGUCUACAAGCGAUGACCCAACAAAUGAUGAUUUUGACCCCAGUUCAUUCAAAGGUAAAGAAAUCUGAAAAGGUUUCAGCUAGUAACUUUGACAACAAAGAAGUGAAAGAGAAAAAUACCAUCGCGGAUAAAGAAAACAAAAAGUGCAGAAAAAAGAAAAUUUUUCCACGCAAUCAUCUAGACGAGGUGGGCCUGUACAGCUACACAAACAUGACCAAUGUCGACAGGGAGACCUUUUGCGAAUUAUGCGGGGAAUUAUAUCCCCAUCCGGUCACCUACCACAUGAGACAGGCGCACGUCGGCUGUGGAUUGCAUGCAGGUGGCCGCGGCUACAAUUCGGGAGGAAAUUAUUGUCUUGGAUGGGCGGGGAAUUGCGGCGAAGGGGGAGUCGCUGGCAGUUCAUGGUAUCUUCUCUGCGAGACUUGCCGUGAGAAAUACACAAGGGCGUACCGUAGUGGCAAACAGGGAAAUCGAUCCCAUAAGGCGGUUAUAAAACGAAAGAAUACGUUUACUAAAGCAAUUUCGUCACCGGGAAGUGUUAAUCACAUUGAUACCCAUAUCGUAAUGAAGAAUAAUGCAAUAUUCUUACUGGAUCUGGCCAGUUCUGCCGACAUGGGUAUAUCACACAGAAGAGCGUCUAUGAGUACAAUGCCUUCGCUUUCGGAACACAAUUUACCGCCAGAUUUGGGCGGCCCGUUCAGUCCUUUGCCACCGUUUCAGUGUUUACAAGCUCUCGGCGCUUUGUCUCCCUAUGAAGAAACGCCCUUUUGCGAUGAAGAGUUGCGACGAAAAAGUGUACAGGAGGGUUUUCUUCCUGGUCCUUCGCAUGGAGUAAGGCCACUUUCCGAAGUAUCACUAUCCGAUAAUGACAUGGACGGUAUGAAAGGCUUGAGAUUUCACCGGUCUGUCUCAAUGGGCACCAAUGGAGCACCUUGGGCAAAAACGGGAUACGACGGAAGAAUAAUUAUGAUGCGCAAGCGCAACAACAGCAGCAGCGAAAUGAUUAGCGAAGGGGGAUCUUCUUUACUUUGCAACCCCUCAUCUACACUGCAAAAACUCGUCCCAAAUAUCGACAGCUCUUCAAUCGUGGCCAAUGCCCAAUUAAAUUCUCAAAGUCGGCAGGAGAAAUUGUCGUUACUGCAAAGACCAGUCAUGCUGUUUAUAUUACAACAGCACGACUUAGAUUCCUUGCAGCUCGCAAUGAAGCAAGCUUUAAGAAAGGCAAUGUGUAGAGUUUACGCGAUGCAAGCGCUCAAUUGGCUCUUAAGAUCCGUGACACAGCCAGUUUGUCUGCACGAUUUACUGUGGUGGUUCGUCACCUCACUCUCGCCCCUUGAUCUCGACUCCGAAUGCGAAGAUGACAAUAAACCUCAUAGGAAGCUGGACGAUCAGGAUCUGAACGUUUGCGAGCACCCCCUUUCUGACAUAACGAUAGCGGGCGAAGCAGUCAAUCCGCUUCCAUCGACGUUUCACGGACUUCUGCAAACCAUCGCGGAUCUCAUGGUACUUCUUCCUAUGGGGUCCGCCUUACAGCAAAUGGCGGUUAGAUGCUGGGGUUUGCGAUUUAUGUCGGCGGACCAUUCUUUCUUGCACAGAUCUCAGGUGUUCAGCAAUAUCAGCAAAAUUUUAUCGCGAAGUGAAGAGCUGGAAGAUUGCACAAUAUCGAUGCAGGAUAGUCACCAAGGGAACUUGAAUCAGCAGCUAGCGUGUACAGUUGAGGGUUUAAAAGAUCUCACUUCCGCCAUCGAAAUUAAAGCAUCCAGUCGACAAGCGAUGGUCGGCAGUCUAACCGAUAGCUCUACCGAAACGUUUUGGGAGUCGGGAGAUGAAGACCGAAAUAAAACCAAGAGUCUGAUAGUCGUUUGUGCUCAAAACCAUCAUCCGAAAAUGGUAUGUGUUCACAUCGACAAUUGCAGGGAUCUUGCGAAUAAGGUUUCGAGCGUUGCGUUUUCUUCUGGUCCCAAUUCCGACGAUUUUGUCAGAUUGAGGACAAUCGAAGUUGAAACUCGCCUGCUCGGCGGUUGGAUUAGUUGCGCCAUUCAAGAUGUCGAUCAUACCGUUAUACGUAUAGAACUAAAGGGGCCAGAUAAUUCAGUGAGGGUUCGUCAAAUACAAGUGCUGGGUGAAGUUACCGGUGAAUCGUUGAAGUUGGGAAAACAGUACAGCGCGCUAACGAUACAACAACGAAAUUGCGAAAGCGAAACUCUGAGAGUGUUCCGUCUGAUUACUUCGCAAGUGUUUGGCAAACUCAUUGUUGGUGAUAUGGAGGGGCACAAUUUGAAUAACUUGGAUAGUGGUUCCGGUUCGGCCAGUGAUGGUUUGGAACCGAUUGAGGAGAGUAACGAUUUAAGGGAACACAUGGUGGGUAUAUUAUUCAGCAGAAGUAAAUUGACACAUCUCCAAAAACAGGUAAUAGUGCACAUAGUCCAAGCAAUCCGCAAAGAAACUGCGCGAGUACGCGACGAAUGGGAAUCAUUCCUUUGCUCGGCAACAGCCGGCUCGGCGAGUUCUGGGCAAAGUUUAGACGCGGCGAAGAAUUCAGAUAACUACUGCUUUGAAAUGCUGUCAAUGGUUUUGGCCCUAUCAGGAAGUUCAGUUGGUCGCACCUACUUGUCUCAUCAAGGAGAUCUUCUGGGUGACAUAUUAAGCUUGCUGCACACUGGCAGCGCUCGGGUUCAAAGACAGGUAACCGCGCUACUUCGAAGAAUUUUGCCGGAAAUCACACCUGAAUUUUUUGCGAAAAUUGUGGGUGUCACCCAUCUACCCCCUAAAGAUUUUAGUAUCGUUUCUGUUGCAAAUAAAGGUGCGAACGGGGGAGGAUUUGACAUACACAGGAUUGGUAUGCUGGAUGUGUUUCUUAGCAUAAUCGGGAAGGCGCUCACAGUUCAAGUGAAAAUGAAGAGUAAAUCCGCAAACGGAGGGCCCGCCAAAGAAAUUAGCACGGUUACUUUAGCUACUUCUAUGCAAGGGAAGGAGCACCGCGGCCGUUGGUGGUUGAGAGGAACGACUAGCCGAAAGUUAGCCGAAGUUAUAGUGCAUUUGCUUAAAGAUAUGGCUGCAGGAAAACUGUCAGAACCUUGGGCUAAUGUGACAAAAGGAGCGAUAGCAGAAAAUAUUCUAAACCUAACUCACCUAACUGACGAACAGAGAGUUCCCACCACAUGUCUGCACACCCCCACUCUAUGGUUGGCGCUGGCGUCCUUGUGCGUUUUAGACAAAGAUCAUGUGGAAAGGCUCUCUUCUGGUCAGUGGAGUAACGCUGAUGGACAAGCAGUACCUCCAGGUCCCACCUGUACAAAUCACGACGAUGGCGAAACCAACGCAAUUAUACAGUGCAAUACCUGUGGAAAUUUAUGCGCCGACUGCGACCGUUUCUUGCACUUACAUCGCAAGACAAGAAUGCACCAAAGACAGGUGUGUAAGGAGGAGGAAGAAGCCAUCAAAGUUGAACUGCACGAAGGAUGCGGACGCACCAAGCUAUUUUGGUUGCUAGCAUUAGCAGACGCGAGAACGCUUAAGGCUUUAAUCGAGUACAGAGAGGGAAGCACAAGAACUCGAGGUUCGGCCACCAGCGGCGUGUGCAGAUUUUGCGGUGCCACUGGUAAUUCUGGAUUGCUCGCGAUUGGAAACGUGUGCGCGGACCAGGAGUGCCAGGAGUACGCCCGUACUGCUUGCACAAAGCUUUUAAAUUGCGGUCACAUGUGCGGAGGCGUGCAAGGGGAAUCAACUUGCCUGCUAUGUCUCCACGGAUGCUCUUCGGAUUCCUCAUUGAGACAAGACGCAGACGACAUGUGUAUGAUAUGCUUUACCGAGGCGUUGUCGUGCGCACCUGCGAUACAGCUUAAAUGUGGACACGUAUUCCAUUUGCAUUGUUCAAAAGCGGCACUUAUGAAAAGGUGGGCGGGGCCUAGGAUUACGUUCUCCUUCGCUUUGUGUCCCAUUUGCAAGGACAACAUCGAUCAUGUUAUGCUAAUCGAUCUAUUAACACCAGUUCAUGAAUUGUACAAAGAUGUCCGAAGAAAAGCACUGAUGCGGCUUGAAUACGAAGGGUUGCAUACGGUUGAGGCGAUUACAGCGCCCGGAACUCGGUACUACAAUGAUCCCGCGGCCUAUGCAAUGGACCGUUAUGCGUACUAUGUUUGUUACAAGUGUAGUAAGGCGUAUUACGGCGGUGAAGCUCGUUGCGACGCAGAAGUAGGUGAAAACUACGACCCAACGGAAUUAGUCUGUGGCGCAUGCUCAGAUGUGGCACGCGCGCAAAUGUGCCCCAAGCAUGGCACCGACUUUCUCGAAUAUAAGUGCAGGUACUGUUGUUCUGUAGCCGUGUUCUUCUGCUUUGGCACUACGCACUUUUGUAAUCCUUGCCAUGAUGAUUUCCAACGAGUUACAAAUUUGCCUAAAAAUGAGCUACCCAUUUGCCCUGCGGGUCCAAAGGCUAAACAAUUGGAAGGUGACGAAUGCCCGCUACAUGUCAAGCAUCCUCCCACAGGGGAAGAGUUCGCUCUGGGUUGUGGAGUUUGUCGAAAUGCACAUACCUUUUAAUUGUGCCUUGAAUGUACAAACUCAUAUUUUGUCAUCCCGAAAUAAUGUUUUAUUCCAAAAGUUAUGAAUGUGUAGGUUUGUAGGUAUGCAUUACCAUGGAGUAAAUAAUUACUCUAUGGUAUUACUGUUCUUAAUUGUGUACGUUUAAUAAAUAUGUGACUCGUGCUAG